CCUUGCCAAGAAAACUGACUUGAAGGCACAAAAACAAAACCCUGCAUUCAGCAAUGAACUUUAAGGGAAAGUUGGUCAGCUCCAGUGGCUUGAAAUCCUGAAGGAGAAGAGUCCAGGAAGGGUGCAAAAUCCUGUGAAAUAAAAGUCUGAAUGGACAAUUACAAACAAUUCCUACAAGAAGGAAAACUGGGGGAAAUCUAAGGAGGCCAGCAUGCAUUCACACAGAGCUCUCUGAAAGGGUGAACAGAACAGAACCAAAGAAGAGUACGAGGUAGUCAAACCCUGCAAAGCUCAGAAAGGGCUAAGGAUUCAAAGGUACCCAAAGCAACAAGCAAGGGCUCUUUGGGUCGAUUAGAAACAAAAGGAAAGCCACAGGGAUGUGCAGACAGUCUCCUACUUAUGAACGGGUUACCUUCCAAGAGGAGGUUGGAGGUUUGCACUGGAGUUCCCAGAAAGGGUGAGUUUAUGCAGUGCACUCUGUCACUGGGCGAGGCAGGGGACCUCUGCCCCCUCUCCUGCCUCACCCGGGGAUGUGUAAACCAACCCUUUCUGGGAACUUCAACUCCAAUGCAAACUAACCCUUCCCUGCCUUCUCCCAACUUCCGGCGCCGACUUCCGGUUCUUACUUCCGGGCCCAUCUUGUUCAUAUUGGUGAAAGUUCACAACAUGAAAGUUCGCAAGUAGAGGACUGCCUGUAUGUCUUUGCAAGAAGAAAGUGGCGAUUUGGUUCCUCUGCUUCAGAAAGAUUGCAUACCUCUUGAAAAAGACAGAAAAUUGUGGACUGAAGCCUCAAGGUCGUAGCCAGAAAUUUACUGAAAUGACGGCGGCUGGAAUUGAUGAUUCAUCACUAGGCAAGCUUUUACUAUGAAUGUGAAACAUGCUUACGAUUCUCUAGGGUGAGGCAUUCAGUCCAUCGAUGUCAUGGAAAAUUUAAAUGCUCGUCAGCUUUUGCUCACAGGAGACAGAGCCUUCCCGGUGCUUGUGGGUUCAAAUGGGCAAGUUCUCAUUGCUGCAACCCAGUAUGGGAAAGGUCAAAUGGUGGUUGCUGUGCAUGAAGCAAUGUUACAGCUUCCCCAAUUCCUGCCAUUCAUAAAAAAUGCUCUGGACUGGCUCAAGCCUUCCCCAACGGCACUCAUUGGGGUCCACAGAAGCCUGGAUGCCCUCUCCAAAUUGCUCCUUGAGGGUGGCGUUAAAGUUUAUCCGGAUGCAACGCUUGGGGACUCCCCAGGGGUGUUUUGUGGAGAUGCCUACGAUGAUGUGCAGGCUGAUGACCUUGUGCAGUUCGUAAAGAGAGGCGGGGGUCUGCUCAUUGGUGGCCAGGCCUGGCACUGGUCAUAUCAACAUGGGAAGGAGGCGGUCCUGGUUCGAUUUCCUGGAAAUCAGGUGACCAGCGUGGCUGGAGUGUACUUCACUGCCAACGUGGGAGAAAACGGGGUCUUUUCAACAUCACCCAAAAUGUUGCUACCUGCUCUAUAAGCAGAUCAGGUGUAGGGCAGGUAAAAAUGCUGGCUCAAAGCUCCAAGUAGCUGAAAACAACAGCCGGCAAUAGCUUUUAGUGAAACUGCUCUCUCCUGAGAGGCCAAAGAGGCUGUGACCGCUUUCUAACAAUUCUUUAGGGAGUUUAGUGACUGGUCUGUAACAGCAGGUUCAGUGACAGAGGCAUCGGAACAAUUUUAUCUACCAAUUCUGCUGCAACGAAAGAAAUAUGAUAUUAGAUGGUUUCCCUUUUGCUGCUAAGGAUAAAGGCUGCUUGAACACGGGGACUACCUUAGCAUCCUCUUAUACUAUUCAGUCUCUGAGAUGCAUGCUCAGAUUUCAGAUACUGGAAGGCAACAUCCAUGAAGAAUCUCUUGGAGAUUCAUGAAAUUAGAUCCCUGUGGCGGUCGUUUCGGGAAGAUCAUCAUCAAAUGUGGAUUACAUGCUUUGCACACACAUACAAGGGGCUGAGGUAGCUUUGGACAAGUGCACUCUCAAACUCUUUGGCAAAGGAACCCAGUUUUGGUAUAAAUUUGAAUCCCAGGUUAUGAAUGCCAACCUUUGAAAAAUAUAAAUCUAUGCAAUAACAGAAUAACAGAGGAACUUAGUUAUUCUAGUUCAGUUUAUUAUUGAUUAGCCAUUAGGCCACAUCAGGAUACAGAAUAUAAAACAUAAAAUGUAAGACAUUAAUAAGACCAUAUAUUAAACAUAGGAUAAGAGGAACAAAUUAAAAUUAAAAAAGAAAGAAAAAAGAUGCAAAUCAUAUUUCUGUAUAACCCCUACAAUUAACUCCGAUCAGAUCCACAUAUGCAGAUCUCAGCUGUACUGUUUUGUUCAAAUAAAGGACCGUAUUAUAUGUAAUUUUUGAAUUCUGACCCCACAUGAAAUAUGUUGUUUUAAUAUAAGAAUCCGAACAGGUCAUUCAUCUAAUGUGUGGUCCAAGAUACUGAUCCCUCUCCUUUUUAUACAGUUGACAUUCACAUAAUAUAUGUGUUAUGUCUUCUAUCUCUGGAGCUCUGCAAAUGUAAGUGUGUUCAUUAUAAAGGACUUGGUUAAAUCUUCCAUAUUUGACCAUCGUGUCCAACUGCUCAAAUCUUGCUCAAGUAAAUACCGCCCUAAGAUAUUUGGGUAUUUCUGUGUUAACAUACUUGGCAAUUUGGAAGGUACAUUUGUAAUGGCUCAUCCAUUUCUGGGUGCCAGCCUUACUAAGGGUGCCUAUAUCUUUCUGGGCUUCUAUAUCCACCAGUCUUUGUACACCAAUCAUUUUAGCUUGUUCUCCAGAAACAAUUGGACAUGAGACAGGGAGACCACAGCUCCUAAUGUAAUUUGUCAAUUGUACUAUCCAAGA